GGACCGCAGUUGAGUUUUUUUUGAUAUAAAUAUUGCCGGUCAACUUUUGAUUGUUAUCAUUUGUUCGAGUGAUAACAAGAACUAACUACCUACCAAAACAAUGAAGUCGAUAGUAGCAGCUAUUCUCCUUGUCGCCACCAUCGUCUCUGCUGAGCCUCCACGUCAAUUUCUGAGACAGAAAGCCGCGGAAGCUCCCUACGAACCAAGUGGUUGGAAACCAAAUGGACCUCUUCUCCAGUACCCAGUGAGAAGUAACGUUCAAGCCUAUGGAGCUCCAGAACCUCAAACUAUCUAUGGACCUCCAGAGCCACAAAGCAGCUAUGGACCUCCUACGAACGACACUGAGUUAGAGCCUACUACAACUGAAACAUUUGAAGAAACUACUACUUUGGAGCCACAGGCCGAAAAUAUAAAGACAUCGCCUUCAUCAGGAAAACUACAAGCCAAAAAAUCAGAAAAAUCCACCGCUCCACAGCCAAACCAAUUCUUCUUCAUCGUGAACCCAGCCCAAUCUGAAAGAUUGGUCUUGGCACCAUUGAGAGUUACACCAGUAAAUGCAAAACCAGUUGCACCAAUAAGGGCCCCAGCACGUGUCGCUGCUCCAGCUCGUUUGGAAGAGUUUCCUCAGGUAGUAGAAGUAGACCAAACAGUUCCCGUUCAAGUAGAGCAGGCCGUACCUGUUCAAUACGCACAAGUUCAAGCAGUUCCUUUCCUUCCUGGAUAUGUUUCUCAAUCAUCGAUUGUGACACCAUACAGUUCCUCUUUUGUACAGAUUUACCAAUAAUCUUUUGACAAUCGUAUUUGUGAUGCUAUUUUAUUUAUUUAAUGUUUACAAUAAUUUAAAGCUUUAUUAAUAAAUGUAUUGAAUUUA